AUGUCUAGCCGCUCGAAAAGAAAGCUUGACGCAUUCGAUCCCAACGCGUCGGACCCCGACGAUCUAGAUUUCGACAUCCGUGAGGCUCGCGGCACGCCUCAGCGACGGAAUCGCCAACGCAACCGAUCCAAAACAAGCAGCAAGCCGAAAAGCAACAAGAGACAACGUCGCGACGACUACGGCGGAUCCGACGUGGACGACGACGAAGAGAUCGUAUCUGACGACUCAUUCACGGAUCGCUCAGCAUCUGAAGAAUUUGAAAUCAACCCCAACACUGGGCGCAGCGUUCGACGCGCAGCAAAGAAGCCGGUCAAGUACGAAGAGAGCGAGGAGGAGGCCAUCCAAGAUACACCGUCCGAGGACGAGGAAGAACCGCCCCUGCAGAAUCGUGGGCGCCGCGGCCGCCAAGAGCGUGCAGAGUCUUCUAAGCCGUCGCUGAUAGUGAAGCUCAAGAUGCCCGCCGAUUCUCUACCGAGAAACAAUACACGUACACGCCAAGCAAGUAAAGGCAUCAUGCGAGGAAAGACACCAGAAGUUGUAGGGACACGGCGUAGUAGCCGCCUCUCUCACGAUGUGGAGUCACCCAUUCUCGCUAUUUCAAACUCUGGCAAGCACGUCGACAUCCUGCGUCCUGGCACACGAAGUCCCGAGCCUUUCAUAGCUCGCGCAACACGUGGCGGCAAAGGCUUGAUGACCCAGCAGCACAGCGCUAUCAUGGAAGCGUCCCAAGAGGCCUCGAUGGUGCGGAAUGAAGACAGUCCCGGUCCGCUAGAUGACUUGCUUGGAGGCAACGAUACCCAGGUUUAUGCAACCGAUGAAGCGUCCGCGGAGCCUGAGGUACAAGUGUCAAAAGAGGAAGAGGCUGACGACGAUGCGAUGGAUGGUGUUAUUCAGGAGUCUCAACAGGAAGGAGGUGCUGAAGAAACCGAUGACGAGGGUCCUGUGACCAGAGGGGGUAGGAAUCUCAGGUCACGAGGCAAAUCAGCGAAACGCAAACGGGGUGCAGAUGAAAGCAGUGAUUUUGAGCCUGUCGCUGACGAGGAUAAGGAGGAUGAGGAGAUGUCAGAGGCCGAAAACGACAAUAACCACAGAUCCACAUCAGAAGAGAGCGGCUCGGGCUCCGGUCGUCGCUCUGCACGUCUCCGUGCCCGAAGGUCACAGCGCGGCAGGCGUCAAAGUGACUCCAGUGAACAUGAGUCUUUCUUGGAUGCUGAUGAGCUGGCGGAAGAGGCUCAAGAACUGAACACAAAUAAGCGACGUCGUUUGAGCCGGCGUAAUCCUGAUAACGAUCUCACAUAUGACACGGCACCGAAGUUGCGGAAUCGAGCCCGGAAUACGGUUGACUAUCGUCUUAUACGUCCUGAGCAGAAUCAACUGUUCGAUGAUGAUGAUACCGCGCCUGUUGUCGACAAGUCUCGUUCAAGAGGCGGACGUUCAACGUACCGAAGUCUCUUCAGUCACCAGGGUCCAUUUGGCGGCGGUGUCGAAGGUGGCGCGGAAGCGGUUGGCGGUAUUGACUCGGACAGUAGCGAUGACGAAGUUCAAAAGGCCCCUAAAGCUAUUGGGGGCGCUUUUGGAAUGACUCCAACCACCGGAACGGCUCCCGGAUUUGGCUUCCCUCAAACACAUCAUACGGAUGCACUACAAGCCACUGGGGGUGGCCCAGCGAACCUGGGGAAAAUCAAGGACAGAAAACUCCUCGCCGACGCUGACCCUCUUGGGGUCGAUGUGAACGUCAACUACGACAGCGUUGGUGGUCUGGACGAUCACAUCGGCAAACUAAAGGAGAUGGUCAUGCUUCCACUUCUCUAUCCCGAAGCAUUCAAACCAUUCAAGAUUACCCCACCACGAGGAGUGUUGUUCCAUGGUCCUCCUGGUACCGGCAAAACGCUUCUUGCGCGCGCUCUCGCUUCUACCGUGAGCAAUAAUGGCCAGAAGGUCACAUUCUACAUGCGUAAAGGCGCGGAUGCCCUGAGCAAGUGGGUUGGUGAAGCAGAGAAGCAGCUGCGGCUUCUUUUCGAGGAGGCGCGGAAGAAUCAACCCAGCAUCAUCUUCUUCGACGAGAUCGAUGGCUUAGCACCGGUACGUUCCAGCAAGCAAGAGCAAAUCCAUGCUUCAAUUGUCGCGACAUUGUUGGCUCUCAUGGAUGGCAUGGAUGGCCGUGGACAAGUCAUUGUUAUUGGCGCUACCAAUCGUCCCGAUUCGGUCGACCCUGCUUUGCGACGACCCGGACGUUUUGAUAGGGAGUUCUACUUCCCGCUGCCUAACCUUGCGGGUAGGCGCGCAAUCAUCGAUAUACACACCAGGAACUGGGAACCACCGCUGAAGCCAGAAUUCAAGGACCAACUAGCUGAGAUGACAAAGGGCUAUGGCGGUGCCGACCUCCGAGCGCUUUGCACAGAAGCCGCAUUGAAUGCCAUACAAGGAACAUAUCCACAAAUCUACCGAACGGAACGUAAACUUCUCAUUGACCCUGCCAACAUCAAGGUACUGGCGAAGGACUUUAUGAUAUCCAUUGACCGAAUGGUUCCUUCAUCACAACGAACAAUAUCUUCCACUGCAUCACCUCUUGCUAAGCACAUUGAGCCCCUUUUGCGCAAGCCUCUGCAGGAUGUCAUGAAGCUCAUUGAUGAGUUCAUCCCUCGUAGGAAGAAACUCACAGCCUUGGAAGAAGCAGAAUAUGAUGAUCGCGAUGAUGAUAAGGGUUUUGAGCGGGAGGCUACUUUGCGGAUGUUCGAGAGGAGCAGGGUCUUCCGCCCUCGGUUGCUGAUUAGCGGCCUGGAGGGCAUGGGUCAACAGUAUCUGGGCGCCGCUCUGCUCAGCAAGAUUGAAGGAUUGCACGUGCAAUCUUUCGAUCUUCCCACUAUCCUUGAAGACCCAGCACGAACGCCGGAAGCUGCCAUUACUCAGCUCUUUACAGAGGUUAGGCGUCACAAGCCCAGCGUUAUAUACAUUCCGUAUGUCGACGUAUGGUACCAGACUCUGCCACCAGCUGCGAUCAAGACCUUCAGGUUGCUCCUCCGCACCAUUGGCGCCAAUGAGCCCAUUAUGCUUUUGGGUAUCACGGAACUGUUAAAUGAGAAGGAUAAGCCAGAUCCCCAAAUGAUGGCGGACUUGUUCUCUUUCACUAAGAAUAAUGUUUAUCAUCUCCAGAGGCCUGACCAACCAGCUCGAAACGAGUUCUUCAAUAACAUCAGCCAUUACAUUCGAAUGUCUCCUGCGGACUUCCCGGAUCCGGAUAACCGCAAGAAGAGGGAGUUGCCAGAACUGGAGCCGGCACCUGUUGUGGCUCCUGUCGUAGACCCCGCCGAGGUUGCGGCAAGGGAAAGGCAGCAGAGAAAGCAAGAUCGAUUGACCUUGAACAAGCUCAAGGUCAUGAUACAACCCAUCAUGGACCAGCUCAAGAAGAGCUACAGGAGAUUCGCAAAGCCCAUCAUUGAUGAAGCCGACUUUGCAUACCUUCUCACGGAUGAAGAUCCGAAUACCUUUACCAGUGACCUCCCACCGGAACAGCAACAAGAGCAGGGUGUGUUUCGUCCUUUCGAGCGCGCAAAGGACAAUAAAGGUGUCGACGUGCUUCUUCACGUCCCUAGUGGUAACCGAUACUACAAUCUGGACAUCACGGUUAUUGAGAAGCGACUCUCUAACGGCUAUUACAAGCGUCCCAAGGAUUUUCUGUUCGAUGUCAAAACCCUUGCCAAGGAUGCUAGGACUUUGGGUGACCCGGAACGUACCUUGAAGGGCAACGAAAUGGUAGCAAACGUCGAGGUCGACAUUGAAAUGAUCUGCCAGACCAAUCCGGCUCUCGUGGCCGAGUGCGAUGCUGUAUAUGUGCGUGAGCAGGAGAGGGAGCGCAAAGCAAAGGAGAAGAUGGAGAAAGCCAAAGCUGAAGGACAAGCAGCCGCGGAUGCUGCCAAACAGAAACCCCAGCAGUCCAACACCACCGGAGAUGCCUCAGGGCCAAUCAUUCUUGGCGAGCCUAUUCCCCCGGGUCAGAUCGGCAUACCUCCUGUCACUCCCUCGCGGCCUGUACCAUCCCUCUCUAACGGCACAGACCCUGGUGGUUUUGGUGCUCUCCAUCACAAUGGUUCCGCUUUACCGUCGGCUCAUGACGAGGAUUCUCAUAUGGCCGAUAGUCAAGACCUGAAUGCCAACAGCCAUCACGAAUUCCAGACACCCUCGCGUGUGGGCACUCAGACUCAGCCUUUUAGUCAAACCCAGAAAUCCCAAGUGUCGGGGCGUACGUUCAUGGCUCCGAACUCCCAUCCCGGAGAUUACCACAACAGCGCUUCAACUACUACCUCUGGCCAAAAGACUUCUGACCGGUCUUCUGGAGCUCGAUUCAACACCCAGAGCACCAACGGCGUAGCACCCCCAGGUGUUCCCGACUUGGCCGAAAUGAUGUCGCGCCCUGGUGGCUCUCAGCUGCCCGACACACAAGAGCAACAUUAUGUUAGCAGUCAGCUGUCCAAUUCGCAGCCGUCGCAGCCAUCACAGCAACCAAACUCAAUGCCGGCACCUGCUCCGCCGCGGCAUGCUGCCAACAUUGCAUCCUUGCUCAACAACGCGGAAGAGAAGCCCAAGGUCAUACUGAACGAAACCAGGCUCCAAGAGUUCCAAGACAUGCUUGUCAGAAGCACAUCUGGUUGCUCGGUCGAGCAGCUGGAGCAGAUCAACGCCGCCCUCAUGGAUACUAUCUGGGCGCAGCGCAAGUUGUAUAACCGCGACGUUGUGAUGCACGCAGUCUCGACGACCUUCAACGCCGUGAUUGAAGACAUCAGCAGCAUCCAGCACAUUAUGAAGCCCAGCCAGGAGACACAGGUUCUCCCACAUCCAUACGGAUUGGAUAGUCAGCAGCCGACGACGGAUACGCAGAUGCCGGAUACUCAGUAUUGGUCCCAACGGCAGGGGGAACAUGCGUAA